GGACAGCAGCUGACACACACCACGCCCGUCUCCUCUAUUGUCUCAGACUCAUGGUCCAAACCUGGAAUUACAACUAUGUAUGGGUGAACACUAAUGCUUUCUCAGCUGUCCAAAGAUUUUCCACUUCCAGUUUUUCACAGUCAACACAAUCAUGGCUGACAAACCCAACAUGAUGGAAAUCACAAGCUUUGACAAAACAAAACUGAAGAAGACUGAAACUCGGGAGAAGAACCCUUUACCAACCAAGGAAACUAUCGAGCAAGAGAGGAGAGAAUCCAUGGCGUGAGCAAGAGGAGGAUGAACAGAUAGUAACGUCAAGAAACAAAGAAAAGAGAAAGAACACAACCUGCCUCAAUGAACAAUAAGCUUUACAUCAGAAAUGAGGACCUGACAAUGCCAAAUUUCAUUUUUCAUAAUGUAUUGCUUUCUUUUUUAUAUUUUUUUAAUGAACUUGUGAGUUGUCAUGGAUUGAAUUAAAGUGUUAAAGAUGUAGA